AUGACAGUAACGUACUCCCGCAGGGUUGCUGAUGCAGGUCUGGGAACCUUCUUUCACCUGCUCCUGCGAUGGAAAGGCAGCAUUUAUAAACUGCUCUACAGGGAGCUCAUCAUCUUCACUCUGCUCUACUACUUCUUCAGUAUUGUUUAUAGGUUUGUGUUAAAUGAUGAGCAGAAGAGGCUGUUUGAGAAGCUGUCACUAUACUGUAACCGCUAUGCAGAGCUCAUCCCUGUGUCGUUUGUGCUGGGUUUCUAUGUGACCUUGGUUGUGUCGCGUUGGUGGGGCCAGUUUGAGAACGUCCCCUGGCCAGACCGCUUGGCAGCUUUAGUAGGUGGUCAUGUUCGAGGAGCUGACGAGGCCUCUAGGCUGACCCGCCGAACUCUGAUGCGAUACGCUAACCUGUCUGGUGUACUCAUCUACCGCUCCGUCAGCACAGCUGUCUACAAGAGGUUUCCCACCAUGGAGCAUCUGGUGCAGGCAGGUUUGAUGACGUCAGAGGAGCUGAGGCACCUGGAGGACCUGCCCUCUCCUCAUAACAAGUUCUGGGUUCCCUGUAUGUGGUUCGUCAGUCUGGCUCUGAGAGCUCGGACUGAGGGUCGCAUCAACAACGACGUGGCACUCACAGCCAUUCUCACCGAGUUGAACAGUUUACGGGCAAAGUGUAUGAAGCUGUACGGUUAUGACUGGAUCAGCCUGCCUCUUGUCUAUACUCAGGUGGCGACAGUUGCGGUGUACAGCUUUUUCCUGGCUUGUCUGAUUGGCCGUCAAUUCUUGGAUCCAGCUCAGGGUUACCCUGGUCAUGAUCUGGACUUCUACCUUCCUGUGUUCACCCUGUUGCAGUUUUUCUUCUAUGUUGGUUGGCUGAAGGUGGCAGAGCAGCUCAUAAAUCCCUUUGGUGAAGAUGAUGAUGACUUUGAAACCAACUGGCUUGUUGAUCGCAAUUUACAGGUGUCCUUGCUGUCUGUGGAUGAGAUGUAUGACAGCCUGCCGCUGGUUGAGAGGGAUAUGUACUGGAAUGAGUCUGAACCUCAGCCUCCCUACACCACCGCCAGUGCUGAACACCGCAAACCGUCCUUCAUGGGCUCAGCCCUGGAUAUCAGUGUUCCUAAGGAGGAGAUGGAGUUUCAAUCCAAUCUGGAGCAGAUCAAAGAACACGAAGAGGCCAACUACUCCACCCCACUCCUUGGAGGGUUGGGUCGUCUUCUGGGUGUCCAGUCUCCUAACUUUCCUCGCUCCUCCCGGGUCCCUCUGCUGCGCCGCCGUCCUGGAGCUCCACUAAGCCGCUUCCCUCUUUACCUGCACCCAGAGGCUCCAUCAACCCCAAGUCAAGUUCGCCAGCCUUUGAGCCAGGAGCGAGAUCCAGACUACGCCUUCUCCACCAUGCCCCUGUACGAAAGGCCAGGUUUCUACAGCUGCCCACAAACACCCAUCCACUGCGUGCCCCCUGCAGUGCCCCGCCCACGACCUGCCCGGAGAACCCAAAACGAGUGGGAUCGCAGCUGCAGCUCCCUCGCCCCUCCUAUGGUCGGCUCACAGUUGCUGCCUCCUGACACCCCCAACCACGUCCCCCCACCGCCAUCCUCUGCUUUCCCAUGGCUGAGUGAGGAUGGCGAGAUGCAGAGUGCCCCUACUUUCUCCUUCCCUGACCCUCCACCUGAACUCUGCCCAAUAUCUAAACUCAGACCAGGACACGGCCUGCUGUCUCGCCGGCCUCUUCCUCCUCGCCUCACUCUGGACAACCUCCCCUCAGCUGACAGCCAGCCGGGACCUCCAAGUGCUCGAGCUGCAGGAAGCGGAGGUGAAAGGGUGUUCUCGUUCACUCCUCCCUCUCGAACAGCCACAGCAAAUCCCAGUAAUCCCAACAGCAGCUCUAGCAGCAUUAAUGCAACAAGCACCAACAGCGCUGGCACGCUGGGAAGUCUCUGCAACGGUACAAGUCACAGUAAUUUUAGUAACCAUGGCAACUUCAGCACCAACAUGAGGGCAAGCAACGGGGGCACCAACGGCGGGCUGAGCAAUAACAUGAACACAGUGUCCACUUCAGCGUCAUCGCAACAAGAAACCAAUCAGCAAAACUCACCCAAUGAUUCGGGAAUCUCACUGGCUGAAGGGGACCUGCUGGGCGUUUUGGUGGAUGGUGGGGUGAACAAGGCUGCAGGAGGGAGGGAACAGGAUUGAGAAAACAAGGUGUGACAGUUUUUUUGGACCACAUGUGACAUUCAAAACAUUUAACACGUACAGGUACUCACCGA